AUGGGCCAUACUUCCGAUUCGGAACCCGCAAAACGAAAGCGUGAUGUCGAUGAUGCCGGUGGUCAAGGGCGUGCUCAUGCACCUACACCUCUCAAGCAAGGCGCUCCAGGUUAUAUCCAUUAUCUCUCGAGAUCAAAUGCUUCACAUCUGAGCCUUGUCCAAGGUGACGCCGACACAUUUGCUGAUAUCAUUGGCUUGAUUAGCGAAUAUGAGAGCGUUUUGGAUAGACAUGAGAGCCUUGCAGCAAGCCUGGGGGCCAAGCUGACAGGCCCGCGGCUCCUAAGAGGUAUUGAGAAGUUUUUUGAUGGGCCAAUCAAGACGACACCACUUCAACCAUUCUCCAACCCCAUUAGCUGGCUUGAUGUAGUCAGUUUUGCCAGAUCGAAUCCCAAGGACUUCACCCUUGUUCAGAAAUCAGACGGCUCCCGAUGCUGCCAGUUUGUGCUCAAGGGCUCGCAGGUCGAAAUUCUGGAAGAUGAUUGGCGUUUAGUGUGGUCCGGAGCUCUGGACAGGUUUCCGCUGGAUCACCCUGUUGAAGAAGACGAGACAGCAGAGCUGGCAACUUUGGACAUUCUCGAACAAAGAACAUCCAUUCUUUACAAGAAGGCUGAUGAAGUAGCGGCGAGAGCUCGCAUACUCAACCAUCGGCUUGGACAGCGGAAGCAAGACAUUCGUCGACGCCGUAGCUCUCAGGAGACAUCCCCGUCUCGAUACCAGCCCGCCAACAGCACCAGCAGUACUAGUUCUCAACGAGCAGCCAACUUUGGUGCUGGAUACGAUCUGCAUGCAGAUUUAUUGCAGCAGUUUCUUACAGCUACUGCUUCACCUCCACCCUCACGAUCAACAUCAGUUACAGGGAUUCCUCUAACUACACUAAGUCAACCAUCGCCGUCUCACAGCACAGCUCACUCUCAAACGCAUGGGUCACGAUAUGGUGGGCACAUAGCAGAAACUACAAUGCAGCCUGUCAUUGACAGCCGUGAGGCAGCUUUUCGACCACUUAUCGCACAGAAAACCGAUCAACUGGGCAAAGGAGAUGUGAUACAUCCGCCUUGUGAUCGUUGUCGAAGACUCCGAGUAGAAUGCGUCAAACACUUGACGGCUUGCUCAGGAUGUACAAAGAAGCAUGCUAAAUGCAGCUGGAAAACAGUAACAGAUGACGAAAUUCGACAGCUUAAACGAGAAAUGGGCCUCAGGGAUGAGAUGGACAUUGAUGGGCAAUCAGACAGUGGACCGGGCACUGAAACGUUGGAUCCGAAAGAUGGACGAUCAAGUCGGCAUGGAGAUCAGCAAGACACCGGCAGAACGUCUGGAGAAAGGACACCAGGGACAUAUGGGACAGACGAAGGAUCAAGACCACCCAGCCGAGAUAACGGGCACCUCCCUAACACGAUGGAACCAUCAACCGCAUCGAUGCAUCGCUUCGACCUGAGCGCUGAGCGGCACCGCCUCCCGUUCGGACUAGGACAAUCGGCCAGAUCGGAUCACAGCAACCAUUCGGUCGAAGCCUUACAACCUGCAACAAAUGCUGCAGGUCUAACAAGUUCGCUCGCAAUAGCUUCGAACAGUACGUACAGAAGUGGUGACGGUUCGUUGAAUCCUUCACCCAGCUGA